AUGGCAAAUUAUAUCCUUUUCCUUGUGUGUGUUUUUGCUAGUCAAGUGAUUGGUGGAUUGAAUACAAAGCUACCACCUCCUUCCUAUGGAAACACAAUAACCAUUCUAAGCAUUGAUGGUGGUGGCAUUAAGGGGAUCAUUCCAUCUGUUGUUCUUGCACGCUUGGAAAAAAUUCUUCAGGUUGUGUCAAAUGAUGAAAAAGCAGCGGUUGCAGAUUAUUUUGAUGUGAUAGCAGGGACUAGCACUGGAGGACUCAUUGCUGCUAUGCUUGCUGCUCCUAACUCAAAUGACCCUUCUCGUCCUGCAUCCACUGCUGCAGAAAUCUUAAAAUUCUAUUUGGAUUUUGGUCCUUCUAUAUUCAACCAAACUUCUGCUAUUGGUUGGAAUCAAACUUCUCCUCGUCCCAAGUAUGAUGGGAAGUUCUUACAUGAUAAAGCACGUGAGAUAUUGCAAGAAUCAAGAUUGCAUGAUACAUUGACCAAUCUCGUAAUUCCAGCUUUCGAUAUCUUGAAAGUCCACCCAGUUAUUUUCUCAAACUUCAAGGUGGAUGAAGUUCCAAGCCUCGAUGCAAAAUUAUCAGAUAUAUCCAUUGGAACUUCAGCCGCACCAACUCUACUGCCACCCUAUCACUUUGAAAAUGAUGGUGCUGAAUUCAAUUUGAUCGAUGGAGGUGUAGCUGCUGGAAAUCCGGCAUUGGUUGCAUUGAGUGAAGUGGCACAACAAUUGAAUGCGAAGAAUCCCGAUUUCAUUCGUGUGAAUUCGAACGAGCCUCUCAAAAUCGUGUUGUUGUCAUUAGGAUGUGGAAGAUUGGUGCCACCAGGUGUUGAGGCUAGAUAUGCAUAUUUCUUAUCAGCUGUUCAGUGGAUACCCCUUGGAGUUUUAGGUCUUGCUACUGCUGCUGCAGACCUAAAUGAAUAUCACCUCGCAUCCGUGUUUCCUGACAUCCCUUCUUCUGAGAAUUACUACCUUCGAGUCGAGGAGUAUAACUUGGAUCCAUCCAUAGGUUUUGAUGAUACUAGCAAAGAAAGCUUGGAAAAACUUGUAAAGGCAGGAGAAGACUUGUUACUACAAACUGUUAAGACUUUGGAUGUAACUUCUUUUGUACCACAUGAAAAGCCAAGUGAGGGUACAAAUGAUGAGGCUCUUAAAAGUCAAGUGAUUGGUGGAUUGAAUACAAAGCUACCACCUCCUUCCUAUGGAAAUACAAUAACCAUUCUAAGCAUUGAUGGUGGUGGCAUUAAGGGGAUCAUUCCUUCUGUUGUUCUUGCACGCUUGGAAAAAAUUCUUCAGGUUGUGUCGAAUGACGAAAAAGCAGCGGUUGCAGAUUAUUUUGAUGUGAUUGCUGGGACUAGCACCGGAGGACUCAUUGCUGCUAUGCUUGCUGCUCCUAACUCAGAUGACCCUUCUCGUCCUGCAUCAACUGCUGCAGAAAUCUUAAAAUUCUAUUUGGAUUUUGGUCCUUCAAUAUUCAACCAAACUUCUGCUAUUGGUUGGAAUCAAACUUCUCCUCGUCCCAAGUAUGGUGGGAAGUUCUUACAUGAUAAAGCACGUGAGAUAUUGCAAGAAUCAAGAUUGCAUGAUACAUUGACCAAUCUUGUAAUUCCAGCUUUCGAUAUCUUGAAAGUCCACCCAGUUAUUUUCUCAAACUUCAAGGUGGAUGAAGUUCCAAGCCUCGAUGCAAAAUUAUCAGAUAUAUCCAUUGGAACUUCAGCCGCACCAACUCUAUUGCCACCCUAUCACUUUGAAAAUGAUGGUGCUGAGUUCAAUUUGAUCGAUGGAGGUGUAGCUGCUGGAAAUCCGGCAUUGGUUGCAUUGAGUGAAGUGGCACAACAAUUGAAUGCGAAGAAUCCUGAUUUUGUUCGUGUUAAUUCGAACCAGCCUCUCAAAAUCGUGUUGUUGUCAUUAGGAUGUGGAAGAUUGGUGCCACCAGGUGUUGAGGCUAGAUAUGCAUAUUUCUUAUCAGCUGUUCAGUGGAUACCCCUUGGAGUUUUAGGUCUUGCUACUGCUGCUGCAGACAUAAAUGAAUAUCACCUCGCAUCCGUGUUCCCUGACAUCCCUUCUUCUGAGAAUUACUACCUUCGAGUCGAGGAGUAUAACUUGGAUCCAUCCAUAGGUUUUGAUGAUACUAGCAAAGAAAGUUUGGAAAAACUUGUAAAGGCAGGAGAGGACUUGUUGGUACAAACUGUUAAGACUUUGAAUGUAACUUCUUUUGUACCACAUGAAAAGCCAAGUGAGGGUACAAAUGAUGAGGCUCUUAAAAGGUUGGCUGAGUUUCUCUACAUUGAGAAGGUGUUGCGUUUGAAAAAGAAAUCGAUGGAAAAACGAGGCCGGCCAUUUGUUGAAUAA